GAAUGUAUUUUAUUUACAUGCUUUUUACUUCUUUUGUAUAGCAUAUCUUCUUAAAACGUUGUUUACACGUUGGUAUGUUAUACAGAAAAGCAGAAUGAAAACUGUACUCCUUUUUGGAUUUAUUAUUUUUAAUGGAGUUUUAUUUAUACCAGUAACCAGUUGCCCUUCUGGAAAAUUUGGAAGAGAAUGCAUGUUUACAUGUCACUGCAAGGAUGGCGCUGAUUGUGACGACACUUCCGGAUUCUGCGUGUCGGGAUGCGCAAGCGGUUGGAGCGGAAACUCUUGUCAACAAAGAAACGCCGCCUACGGACGCUUAACAAGCCAAAAAGAUGGUUCAUUAUCCCAGAAUUCAUCAUUUGCUGUAGAUGACGUCAUAAGCACGUGUUCGUCCACGCAAGCAGCAGUUCCGGGAUGGUGGCUGGUUACUCUCAAAGAUGUGACAAAUAUACGAACAAUUGUAAUCAAGGGUUCAGAAACAACAGACAUCAAAGGUUGGAGGGUGUAUGCAGGCAUGGACGAAAACCGGAUGUCAAUGUCACUGUGUGCAACAGUUCGUGUGUCAGGUGAUGGUGCAACGAUAACAUGUGACACCGUGAUUGUAGGUAAACACGUGAUGGUUGUCAACCGAAACGGGCCAGUUGUACUCUGCGACUUCCAUGUGAAAGUUUGUUCGCCACAAUGGUUUGGUGUUGGAUGUGAACACGUGUGUAACUGUGCUGACCAAGAAGAAGUGUGUGACGUCAUUUCCGGUACUUGUAAGACAGGGUGUUCCGAUGGCUGGACUCGUGUUGAUUGUUUAACGCGUAAGCCUUAA